CUGUCAAAUCAAUAAAACUAAAGUAUUUCUGAGGCGAAGAGGUUUUGCCAAAUUUUUUCCUCAAUAGAUUUUAGCUGUUUUUAGGUAAAAAAUGAUCCUCAAACACACAGUGCUCAUAUUAAUUUUGAUAAAAAUAGCUUUAUCAUACAAGCAGUACAAAUACCAUGAACUGUGUCCGGGAAAUAAAUUCAAGGCACUUUUCGACUCAAUGACCAACAACAAGCCUUUCGUACGGUUAGGUGACGGUUUCGAAUCGGCCGCACUAAUACACUACUAUUCCAAUUCGUCAACAAUCAAAAAGAUCGGUAGCUGUGAAUUCACGGUCAAGCUGGAUAAUCCGGACAGUUCAAGUGGAAUUUUUGCAUCCAUCAAAAAAUUGAAAUUGCGAGAGAAUACAUAUGAUGGUUCGUGCAAAGAUUUCAUUCGAUUCACAUAUAAAAAUGGUACCCGUACGAGGGAGAUAUGCGGAAACAUCGAAACAUCGCCUCAGAAUAAUUUGAUUCGAAAUUUCUUCGAUGAGACUUCUGGUGAAAUUAAGGUGGAAAUUUCGAUUGACACACUUUACUCGUCGUCUGUGGAUGGAUUAGAAGUAUUUUUGGUUUUUACAGCUUAUUCAGAUUGUUUCGGAAGCUCACUGCUGAGAUGUUCCCCCGAAAAAUGUAUUUCGGAUUUGUUUCGAGACGACCAAAUUCUCAAUUGCCCUCCGCCAGGAUGUUUAGAUGAAAGUAAUUGUGUGAAUCAUGAGAAACCAAUGAUAAUAUCCGUAAGAGGCGAUUCAUCAAAUUCAUCUGGAUCUGGAUCGGCACAUAUUAUUGUACCCGUGGUUAUUGUAAUUGCCGUUCUGACUGGUAUACUGUGCUUCUGCAAGAAGAAGAAAACAACGACCAAUUCUCAUCCACCAAAUAGUGAACAUGUGGAAGAGUUGAGACCCACCGCUCGAUCCGAUUUGGAUUCAUAUUUAGAAUUCCAGGAUGUUCGAAAUAUACCUACGGUGCCGAAUCAGCAGAAUUACCGACCCGUGCCGUAUGCACCACAAGAGGAGCACAUUGGACCAAUGCCAUUAGUACCGCCAGAUCAGCGUUAUGAUCGACCGAUGCCAACAGCACCGCCGUGUGGCUUUAAGGACGAUCCACCGCCGUAUGACACAUUGUUCAAUUCAAGUCAUAAUAAACCAGCGAAUGUGUAAAUUCUUAUGACAUGGGAACGAACGUUUCGAAGUUCAAAUUUUUAUGUUUUGUUCUAACUAAUCUCAAGAAAAGCUUGUUCAAAUUAUUACUGCCGGAGUUACAGAAUUUCAAAAGUACCAUUUUAACGAAAGACAUUAUAGUUCAGCGUCUAAAGUUCUCAACUAUAUACAGUUCUGCAGUUAAAUACAGUGAAAGUCAAUCAAAUUUCUGAAUAAGUUUACAUCAGCUGUCUUACCACUCAUAUAAACAAAUUGCUUGCUUAUAAGUCUAUGCGGAUUUGAUAAACACAUGCACGCACGUUGUAAUAGUAAAAUCGUGUAGACACUGAUGAACACUGUGACUGUAUAAGUAGAUCAGCUGAUAAAACAACUGAAGAAAGUUCAGACACAAAUUCGGUUGACCUUGCCUGUAGAAUGUUUUUUUCUCGGAAUUUAAUGAUAGAGUAGUGCUCUUAAGUCAGUGUCUUAUAUUUAAUGAAAUAAUAUAUAGGAAAUAUUCUCAAUGUCCAAGAGCGGGUCAUAGUUGAGUAGUUACAUUGCAUUGCAUUAAACCGUCGCUUUUCAAGUCUAACGAAUUUACUACUAAAUGUUAAGAUGUUCUCGGCACAUUUUCUUUAAGUACAAAAUUUUGCUAUGUGUAUUUGAGAAAAAAAGAGUUUAUUUUUUGUAUGACCACGUUCUAUUUUCACAAAUUUAAGUUAAUUUAUUAGUAAGGAAUAGAGGAAAAAUACUAAAGCUGAAAACACACGAACAAUAUUGCGAUUGUCGUUCCUACAGCAAUUCACCCAUAUUCGUGCCGGCCUUUUAUUAAUCACACUCAGUGCGAUAUAGCCUUUUGUACUAAAAUCAACUUUUUAGUACUAACAACUUGUAUUAGAAUUUGUAUUAGAAUUGCUGGGAUCUCGACAACUCGUGUGUUGUCAGCGUAACUAAAUUAAGUUCAAUUUAUGCAUUUUAUGUCAAACCAAAAAUUUAUUUACACAAAAAGACCUUUUAUGUAGACUUUGAGUUUUUUCCCUCAAAAUAGCGAAGAAGAAAAAUUAUUUUCUGAUGAGAUUUUUAUAUUGAAAAUUAUUUAUUUUCAACCGCUUCAAAUCGAAUUGUAUUUACAUUUAAUGUUUCACUUAUAUGUGUAUUGUAAGUUAUGUCGAAAACGUUGAAAUUAAAGAAAUAAAUUGAAGUUAUUGCUUAAAUGGA